CGUAGCCCAAAACACAAACACAUUAUGAUCAGCAAAGACCUGAAGCACAUAUCCAUCCUAUGCUUGUUCACCAGCGUAUUACUACUGAGUACUACGUCUAUAUCAGCCCAACGUACUUCUUUAGAUAAUGCAUUUGGACAACUUUACAGACCAUUUCGUUUGCUUGCAUUACAGAUUAUAGGACGUUCGAGUGAAGAUCCGCAAAAUAGGCAGCGCAUACGCAGUUUGGAGAAAGAACAAAAAAUAUAUAGCAAACGUACACGUUCAUUAGAUUCGUUUUGUGAUACCAAUGGGCCAGGACGCCGCAGUGAUACAGCACCGACAUCGGUGCAUCGUUUACGACCUGGCGAUAUUGAUGUUAUAGGUGCUAUGGGUGAUUCCUUGACAGCUGGUAAUGGCAUUUAUGGAACAAAUUUACUACAAGUAACAGUAGAAAAUCGUGGCAUGGUCUGGUCUAUUGGUGGUCAGGGAACUUGGCGGGAAUAUCUUACUUUGCCAAAUAUCUUAAAAGAGUUUAAUCCAAAUUUAUACGGUUACUCACUUAGAGAUGGCUUAUCAACAGACCGUAGUUCAAAAUUCAAUGUUGCCGAACUUGGUGCGAUGUCACGUGACAUACCUUAUGAAGCAAAAAUUCUAGUCAAAAGAAUGCAAAGGGAUCCAUUGGUUAAUAUGACCGAUCAUUGGAAAAUGAUUACGCUAUUGAUAGGCAAUAAUGAUUUUUGUACCGAUAUGUGUUAUUAUUCAAAUCCACAAGUUGUAAUUAAGCAACAUGAACGUAAUAUGUUAAAGGCUUAUCGCUACUUGCGUGAUACUGUGCCCAGGUUAAUACUGAAUAUUGUACCUCCACCAAAUCUGCGUUUACUAACAAAAUUAUCAGGUUUGCCACAACAUUGUCAAACUACAUUAAGAUUUGAAUGUCCUUGCUUGUUUGGGAAAAGCAAGUCUCAUUUAGACUACUACGAAAAAAUUAUGAAAGACUGGAUCGCCAAAGACAAGGAAAUUGUGGAACGAGAAGAAUUUAACACCGAUACAUUCACAAUUAACUUUCAGCCGUUCACAUUGAUUGACGAUUUUCCUCGUACCGCGAAUAAUAAUUCAGACAUUCGCAUGUUUUCUGCUGACUGCUUUCAUUUGAGUCAGUUGAGCAACGCGGCAUGUUCGAAUGUUUUGUGGAAUAAUUUAUUCGAGACGGACGAUCAGAAAAGUCAAUUUAAUGCUAAUAUUAUGGAGACUUUUAGAUGUCCAAGCGAGGAACACCCAUAUAUUGUUACAAGGGUGAACAGAAGAGCGGACUUUAAAGUUUAAAAUAUUAUUAGACUUAGUCAUUUAUUUAUUUUUAAUAUAAAUCUGUGAUAAUAUUUUUAAUAUACUAAC